AUGAAUAAUUAGAUUGAAAUUAAAAGUGAUGUUAUUUAAUAAAAGAUAAAAGAAUGUUUAGAAGAUGUAUAAAAUUAAAUAGAAGUUCCAUAAUAAUUAUAUUAAGACAUAUAACCAUUAAUCAUAAAUAAAUCUUAAAUUAAUAAAUAAUCAUAAUCAAAUUAAUAAAUAUAAUCAUUUAAUAAUAAAUCAUUUAUUUAUGAAUUAAUUCAUUAAUAUUCAUAAAAUUAAUUUUGUGGUGCAAUAACUUUUAAUAAAGAUUGUUCAACAUUAUUGACUGGAUGUAAAAAUUAAAUUUAAGUAUUUGAAUUCAACUAAGGAAUGAUCAAAUAAACUUAAAUUUUAAAUGAACAUAGGAAUAAUGUAUUUACUCUAAAUUUUAUGAAUAAAUCAAAUUAGUUUAUAUCUGGUAGUGUAGAUAAUUCUAUUAUUAUAUGGUAAUUAAAUCAAAAUAAUUAAUGGAUUCCCUAAUAGACAUUAAAUGGACAUACUAGUAAUAUCUUAUGUUUAAUAUUAAAUAAUAAUGAAGAUUUAAUCAUAUCUGGAAGUUAUGAUAUUAAAUUUUGGAUAAAAAAGAAUGAAUGGACAUGUUAAUAAACAAUUAAAGAUCAUUCUAGUAGUGUUUAUGGAUUAAGUGUUAAUUAAUAAUAAAAUAAAGUGGUAUCUUGUGGUCAUGAUAAAUUAAUAUUAAUAAUGGAAUAAUAAGGAUAGAAUAAAGAAUGGAUUGUUAUCUAAAAGAUUACAGUUGAAUAAUCUGCAUAUAGAAUAUGUUUUAUUGAUAAUAAUAUGUUUACAUUAUCAUAAUACAAUAAAGAAUAGAUAUCUGUUUAUGAAAUGAACAAUAUCAAUCAAUAAUUUACAAAGACUAAAGAUAUUGAUGUAAAAUGUGGAUCAGAUAAUGGUUAUUGUUUAUUUCCUUAAUAAUAUAUAAAUUAAAAAUGUAUUCUCAUGAGUAAGAAUGGCUUAUAUGUCAAUUUGAUAAGAAAAAAAUUAAAUGCAGAAUUUGUAACUCAAUAAUCUAUUCAUUUUGAUACAAAUUAACUAUUUGGAGGAAUGAGUAAUGAUGGAGAUUAUUUGAUAACUUGGGAUAAUGAAUCAAAGUAAAUAUAAGUUAGAAGAUAUAAAGAAUUAUGA